AGGCCCCAGGGACCCUGCAGGAUUCCGGGGCCCCAAGGCUCGGGUUCCAGAGCCCGUUUGCCCGACAACAGUGAUCCAAGGAAAAACCAGGCAGUUCAAGCUCACAUUCCGCAUCUGUGAUACCAAUUGCCUGAUCGUGGACAUCGGCGCUUUCGUUUCGCCCGGCCCCAUCCCCUCUUCAGCCUCGUCGCAGUGUUCCCCUCCUUCCCCGCAUCACCAGAAACGCGACAAGGAACGCGACAAGGUUCUCUCGUUCCGCGCAGAAACCACCAUGGCCGACGCGCCAGUGGAGAGGGUCCUGAGCGUUGGCGGACACGAUAUCGGCUAUCCGCACGGGCACUUGGGGCACUUGACCGAAGACGAGGCCAAUCGGUUGCAGCAAUUCAAGAACUAUCUUGAAGAGAAGGGCUUGUACAAGCCUGGCCCUCCGCCGUCCCAUGACGACCAGACACUACUGCGCUUCCUCCGAGCUCGCAGAUGGUCGGUGAACGACGCGUACGGGCAGUUCAAGGACACCGAGGAAUGGCGCCGGGCGAACCAGCUCGAAGUCCUCUACGACACGAUCGAUGUGGAUGCGUAUGAACAGACGAGGAAUCUAUACCCUCAAUGGACAGGAAGGCGAGAUAGGAGAGGCAUCCCGCUCUACCUCUUCCAGAUCCGCCAUCUCGACUCCAAAACCGUCUCGAGCUACGAGAAAGAGGCCGAGGCGGCAAACGUCAGCAAAGCCCAGACCGACGGCAGCACCCCGCAGCGCCUGCUCCGCCUCUUUGCCCUGUACGAGAACCUCACCCGGUUCGCGCAGCCGCUCUGCACCGAGAUGACGGACCGCCCGCACCCGAGCACGCCCAUCACCCUCAGCACCAACAUCGUCGACGUCUCGCAGGUGUCGCUGCGCAUGUUCUGGAACCUCAAGGCGCACAUGCAGGCGGCCUCGACGCUCGCGACGGCGCACUACCCGGAGACGCUCGACCGCAUCUUCAUCAUCGGCGCCCCGUACUUCUUCAGCACCGUCUGGGGCUGGAUCAAGCGCUGGUUCGACCCCAUCACCGUCUCCAAGAUCUUCAUCCUCAACCCGAACGAGGUCAAGUCGACGCUCGAGGAGUUCAUCGAGCCGCGCAACAUCCCCAAGCAGUACGGCGGCGAGCUCGACUUCGACUUCUUCGACCGGCCCAACGUCGAUCCCCACAUCAAGGAGGCCCUCACGUGGGAGAACGGGUACACCGACUUCCCCGAGGGCCCCGCCUACUGGGUGCCCGUGGAUGGCGGGCGCAAGCUGGCUUGCUUGGCGGUGGGGAGCAAGAAUGGCAAGGAGAGGAGGGAGACGGUGUGCACCAUCCCGGUGGCGUCCUUCAAGGGCGAUGCCGCCGCCAAGGACGCUUCCGCCGCCGCGGCCGGUGCCGUCAACGGGGCUUAGAAACUGCCCGGUCGCUGGUGUUAAUGUGUGGG